AUUGACCUGAAUGUGUCGAGUGGUAGACAAAGAUCAUCAUCCGUCGGUAAUGUAUUUGAAGAAGAGAACGAUGACGAUGGAUUUGAUCCACUUUCAGACCGACAUCGUAAGUUUAGUCAAAGCUUGCAUUUGGACAGUAUAAAAGCAAAAAACGGUAUCGAACCAGUUGGACAAAUCUGUGAGGAUACCAAUAACUUCGCAACACUUCCUACAAAAUCAAAACGUCGCACACGACCUUCUUUCAAGUCUGUAAAGAAUUUGAUGGGCAGGCUUAUGAAUAGUUCGAGUACAUGGGCAGCAAAUCAAAGGGAAGAUGACAGCAGGAUGGGAGCAAAAGGAGGGAUGACACAAAGUUCGAGACAGCGGGACGACCGAUCUUCCGAAAAUUCAUAUACAGAAUCUACCUCGCGUCCCCUUAUUACCAAAUCGACGAAAAACUUACCGGAUCUCUCGCCUUUUGGUGACGAAGUACCUGGCACGAUUGGAAUACACAAUCAUGGCAACACUUGUUUUAUGAACGCAAUUCUCCAGUGCUUAAACAACACUGACAGCUUUGUUGAGUACUUCAUCAGACAAUUACAUAAGGAUGAUCAGAGAUCGUCUACAAGAAGACUUGGAUUUCGUAAUGCUCACAAUGUAACUGAACAACUUGGAGUUCUCCUCAAUAGUCUCUGGACAAAUAGAUAUAACCAUGAUGUGUCUGAUAAUUUUAAAACAGUUGUUGGGAAAUACAACAGCCAGUAUAAAGGGACAUCACAACAUGAUGCCCAGGAAUUCCUUCUCUGGUUAUUAGACAGAAUAAAUGAAGAGGCUAAUGUAAAUAGCAAGAAAAAAACCAAACAGAUCUCGGGGAGGAAACAGAGUGAUGAAGAAGCAGCUGAAGAGGUUCUGUCUACAAACAAUGGGUGUCCACUGUAUAAUAUGUUCCAAGCCCUGUUUCGCUCAUCACUUCAGUGUCCUAACUGUGGCAAACAGAGCAACACAUUUGAGAACUACCUUUGUUUGUCUCUACCUCUACCUAACAAAGUCAUGCGUCCUAUAUACAUCAUUGUUGUGGAGUCAAUAGAAGCAAACAAACCACCGAAGCAGACCAAGAUAGGGUUACGACUCAAUGCAUAUGGCUGUGUAAAAGAUUUGCGGCAAGAAAUUUCAAGCUGGACUAAGAUAAAAGAAAAAUAUUUGGUGUUAUGUCAAAUCUAUGACAACGGGUUUAGAAGUUACUACAAAGAUAACCAGCCACUUACAGACAUUGCGGAGUCAGAGACUAUAUAUGCUGUAGAGAUGUGCUGUGUUGCAGGGUCCCCUACAGGGGAGGGACAACAGCAGUUUGAACAGUCUUAUAUUUCAGUAUUACUGAUUCACACACAACGGGAGUCUAAUCCUACCAAAUAUUUGAGAUUUUGUGCACCACAGAUUCUGAGAAUCCCUCGAGAUGUUGAUAAUCGUGGACUCCAAAAAGAAAUCCUGACAAACCUUGGUCCUUGUGUCAGAGAAGGACUUGUUGGUCAAAAGUUGGAUACACUGUUUCGGUUGAGAUUGGUCACUGGCAGUGGUGGACGUGAUUAUCUCCCCCUCGAUGUAGAAAUGCCUUUGUAUAUCCAAAAUGUUGACAGGGCUUUGUCAAACUUUAGUCCAGAAAAUGGUCCUACCCACAUAAGACUUGUUGCUGAAUGGGAUCCUGCUGUCAAAAAGAAAGUGAUUGUCCAUGAUAAGGAAACUGUAGAUGAACACUCGUCAUAUCGUCAAGUUCGCCAGCACCAACAACCAGAGCCAGUCUCCCUUGACGAAUGUCUUAAUCUCUUCACGAAACAGGAAAAGCUGACUGGGGAUGAUGCAUGGCUCUGCCCUCACUGUCAGAAACAGCAGCAAGGCACAAUGAAGACACUGGGGCUGUGGUCUCUGCCAGAUACUCUAGUCAUUCACCUGAAACGUUUCAGACAGGUUGGUUUGCAGCGAAGCAAAUUGGAGUCUCUCAUUGACUUUCCAGUGAAUAGUUUGGACAUGAGUAAACAUAUCCUGCGGCCAAAUGGUGAAUGUGACCUUCAGAAAGUCACCAUGAAUAUGACGCCACAACAGCAACGGCUCCAUCAGGGGAAGCAUCGUGACAACAUGAUUUACGACCUCCAUGGCGUUUGUAACCAUGAUGGUAGCAUGCUCGGUGGCCAUUACACAGCAUUUUGUAAAAAUCCAUUGGAUGGUGAAUGGUACAAAUACAAUGACUCCAAAGUAACCGCCAUUUCGGUUUCUGCAGUACAGACCUCUGCUGCCUAUCUGUUGUUUUAUCAGCGCCGAGGUUUCUCAUCUGUAGCGGUUCAGGAUCUUUGUGAUGGGUCCCACUGGAUCUAUAGACUUUACCCUCGGGAAAAAGUGUCAAAUCAGCCUAAGGGCUUCCCAGCAACUGACGUUGACAAGAGCAGGAGGCAGCCUACAAAUUUUGAUCAGGCAGCAAGACAGAGUUCUGCAAAAUUAGUUCGUGAUUCAGAGAACAGGAAGUCUGCGUCUCACUUAGAGAAAACAUUACGCCCUGCAACUAGUUCCAAUGUGAAUAAUACCUUCUCACAAGGUGUGGAUAUUACAGACAAUCAUAGACUUAAACAUGAUGUCAAUUUACGAGUGGAUAUUGAUCAAGCUCAUAAUAGAAUUAAUGAUAAUGAUAGGAAACUUCAGGAGAAAAGAUUGUCACCUCAUGGACGAGAUGUUAAUUCUGUACCAGAAAAACUCAGAGUGGCCAUGCCUCCUGCCCGCCCAUUGUCACAUCCAAGCUUUGUCAAUAAUAAAACCUCUCAUAAGAGUGUAGAGUCCUCAAACGUUACUUUAAAUGGCAAUAAAUCAAGUAUGCAUCGAACUGCAGACCAAAGGGUCGCUGUUUCUGGGUCAUCAAAUUCUGAGGAUAAACACUCCUCCACGUCUUCUCCAUCAAGUCCUACACGAACUAAUAUUGUGUCUGACAAGUCACAUGAGAUUGUGAAGGUAAACAACAAUCGCCCACCGCCAAUUCCUAACAGGAAUGAAUCCUUGCCAUCCAAAAGAGGUAAAAUUUCAACGGAUCAGCCGGACUCAAGUACAGUCCGGUCAAGUCCAAGUAAAACACAGCCAAGCUUUGCCACCCCUCAGCAGAACCGCCAUCAAGUAUCACCCUCUAAUGCUGUUGUUUCCAAACAGGCCUGGUCAACGCCACAGCCUGUAAAGAAGCAGAUAUCUGUUGUUUCAAAUGGUUGCUCAGAUGAUCUUGAUUAUCAUGAGAAACAGCCAGUACGCCCACCUCCACCAGUGUUGAGGCCCACACCUGCUCCACAGACUCCUCCCACUAGUUCAUCAAGGCCCUCUGGAAAGGAACAGAGGUCACAGGAUUUUUCAGAUUACACCAAGAAGAAGUUGAAUGAGCCUAGUGUGAUGACCAAUGGAACUCAGAGAAACAAUUUAGAACGGAACAGCAAGUAUGCCACCAUAGCAAGGACAUCUCAAAGGGCCAGUUCAGAUGACUUUAUUCCUAAUAAUACUCCUGUUAUCCCACGGUCCAGAACUGACCAGGGGCUAACCUCAGUAGAACGCCACAUGAUUUCAAACGUGACAAACCAAGCUCGCUCUCGUCAGCCAGUGAUUGCUACAGAAACUUUUGCAGACAACAUCAAUCGUUAUCAACCUCACAGGCACUUCCAGAAAGGAUUUCAGUUUAGGGAACAGAAGCAGUUGUACCUCAAAGAGAAGAUGUAUUCACCUUGUCUGAAAGAGUCUUCAGUUUAG